UCGCUCCGUACUCAAACGUGGGCGAGGAAGCAGGGGAGGAGGUUAUGGCAACAAUGAUUGAGGAAAAUGGUCCUUCGAUUCAUGAGUCCGAGGUGUCCUCGUCGUCACAGGCGCGGCAGAAGCUGGAGGGGCUUCUGAACAAGAACAUGAGGAUCCGCAUGACGGACGGGCGGACCCUGGUGGGGCUUUUCCUCUGCACAGACCGGGACUGCAACGUCAUCCUCGGCUCCGCGCAGGAAUUCCUCAAGUCCACAGACACCUUCUCCCAGGGCGAGCCCCGAGUCCUGGGCCUGGCCAUGAUCCCCGGCCACCACGUGGUGUCCAUCGAGGUGGAGGCGGACAGCCUGGACGACACGCAGGGAUUUGGAGCGAGCCACUGACCGACGCCUGCUCGUUCUGGACUGCUCUCGACUGUUCAUGUCAGCCACUCCCACCGAGCGGGAUGCGGGGCUGCGGACGAGCCCGAAGAAGAACAGACGUCCACACGGGAGGAUUUUACCGCUCGAGACUUUACACAAUCAGAGGUUCCGUUCCUGGAGCUCGGCGGUCUGUCCGUCACCGGAGGAAGACGGUGGAAAAAACAAACUGUGCAAUGCAGCCAGAGUUUAAAGGAAAUGUUUCUGGUCUUUGGUACACUGUGUUUGGAAAUAAAAUGUCUC